GGAGCGCAGAGCGGUGAGGCCUGACGCUGCCCUGUCCCGGCCAGGCCUGAGCACCUGCGGCCGGUCGCACUGUCCUGGUCAUGUCGGAGCCUCUGCCCGCCUUCCUCGACCGGCUUUGGGGGCCGUGGCUGGGCUCCCGCAGCCCGCCCAGCCGGAGCCCCGCGGCCUCGCCUUCCAAGAGUUUUCUUGGAGGCUUUUUUGGUCCUAUUUGUGAGAUCGAUGUUGCCCUUAAUGAUGGGGAAACUAGGAAAAUGGCAGAAAUGAAAACUGAAGAUGGCAAAGUAGAAAAACACUAUCUCUUCUAUGAUGGAGAAUCUGUUUCAGGAAAGGUAAACCUAGCCUUUAAGCAGCCUGGAAAGAGGCUAGAGCAUCAAGGAAUUAGAAUUGAAUUUGUAGGUCAAAUUGAACUGUUCAAUGACAAGAGUAAUACUCAUGAAUUUGUAAACCUAGUGAAAGAACUAGCCUUACCUGGAGAACUGACUCAGAGCAGAAGUUAUGAUUUUGAAUUUAUGCAAGUUGAAAAGCCAUAUGAGUCAUACAUCGGUGCCAAUGUCCGCCUGAGAUAUUUUCUUAAGGUGACAAUUGUGAGAAGGCUGACAGACUUGGUGAAAGAGUGUGAUCUUAUUGUUCACCAGCUUGCUACCUAUCCUGAUGUCAACAACUCUAUUAAAAUGGAAGUGGGCAUUGAAGAUUGUCUGCACAUAGAGUUUGAGUAUAAUAAGUCAAAGUAUCAUUUAAAGGAUGUGAUUGUUGGAAAAAUUUACUUCUUAUUAGUAAGAAUAAAAAUACAACACAUGGAAUUACAACUGAUCAAGAAAGAGAUCACAGGAAUUGGACCCAGCACCACAACAGAAACAGAAACAAUUGCUAAAUAUGAAAUAAUGGAUGGUGCACCAGUAAAAGGAGAGUCUAUUCCGAUAAGACUGUUCUUAGCAGGGUAUGAUCCAACCCCCACAAUGAGAGAUGUGAACAAGAAGUUUUCAGUAAGGUACUUUUUGAACCUCGUGCUUGUUGAUGAGGAAGACAGAAGGUAUUUCAAGCAGCAGGAGAUCAUCCUGUGGAGAAAAGCACCUGAAAAACUGAGAAAACAGAGGACGAACUUUCACCAGCGAUUUGAAUCUCCGGAAUCACAGGCAUCUGCAGAACAGCCCGAGAUGUAAGCCGAACAGGACAAAGCAGCAAGAUCAAGAACUGUAGCCAAGAGGUGAAGCUCAGCGAGCUUAAGACUUGUCAGAGCCUGGGGAGAGUCCAGCUCUGUCUGCUAGUCUUCCUUAUCCUCAAGUGCUGCGUUUAUCCUACAGUAUGAUUAAAGGUUCUUUGUGUACAUA